AUGGACAAUUCAGAUCAUCGCUCUAAACGCCGCCGACUAGAGAGUCUGUCUACGCAGAAGAUUAGCACUCCCGAGCCUAACCAUGUUUAUUCGCCAAUCGACUCCUCGUCGGAUGAGCUGGCGGCUCUCUCCGACCAUGACGAGCAACGUCGUCGCGUCAGCUGGACUGCGCAAAAGGUGUACCCGCCUAAACGACCCUACCGUCGCACGCGGAGCUUCAGCGGCUCAGAAUCUCCUGAUGAACUGGCCGUCGAUGCCGACGUCUACUGGCGGUCCCGCAACCGCGGACGCAGCCCGUCGCACUCGGAGACCAGCGCCCAGGAGCAGUUGUCGGAGCGCUAUCAGGAUGACGAGCUUGAGGCAGAUGAGGAGGAGAGCACGGGGGAUGUAGAUGUUGACCAGGAGUAUUCGGACCGCUCGCCUACGCCAGUGCCUCCGCCGGCCCCUCCGCCGCCGCCCAAGCCGGAGAAACUGACUUAUCAGCAAAAGUUCUUGCUCAGAGGGCAUCUGCGGGGGGUAUCGGCGGUGAAGUUUUCUCCUGAUUCUACCAUGAUCGCCAGUGGAGGGGCCGACGGAGCCGUCAAGGUUUGGGAUACGCGCAGCGGGAAGCUCAUCCAUACAUUUGAGGGACAUUUGGCGGGUAUCUCCACAAUAUGCUGGAGUCCGGAUGGGGCCACAAUCGCGUCGGGGUCGGAUGACAAGACCAUCCGGCUGUGGAAUGUGUUGACGGGCAAAGCUCACCCGAUUCCAUUUGUUGGGCACCACAACUACGUCUAUCAAAUCGCCUUCUCUCCAAAGGGCAACAUGUUGGUCAGCGGAUCCUACGAUGAAGCGGUCUUCCUAUGGGAUGUUCGGUCCGCCAGCGUGAUGCGAUCGCUGCCGGCGCACUCCGACCCAGUUAGCGGGAUCGAUGUCGUGUGGGACGGGACGCUCAUCGUCUCAUGCGCCACGGACGGGUUGAUUCGAAUCUGGGACACGGCGACGGGCCAGUGUCUGCGAACGCUUGUGCACGAGGACAACCCGCCCGUGACGGCGGUCAAGUUCUCGCCCAACGGCAAGUUUGUGCUCGCCUGGACGCUGGACGACUGCGUGCGGCUGUGGAACUACGUCGAGGGCCGAUGCUUAAAGACGUACCAGGGCCACGUGAAUCGGAAAUACAGCUUGUUGGGCGGGUUUGGGAUCUAUGGCCUGCCGGGGGCACCUCCGGAAGCGUUUGUGGUCAGCGGAAGCGAGGACGGAUCGAUCCUCUGCUGGGAUGUGGUGAGCAAGAAGAUCCUGCAGCGGCUGGAGGGGCAUAAUGGGGUGGUGCUCGGCGUGGAUACAUGCCGUCUGGGGGAGCAGCGGCUCAUGGCGAGCUGCGGACUGGAUGGGACAGUACGGCUCUGGGAGGAGGUGGAGGAGAAGGAAGAAGCAGCCGAAAGCGACGAUGUCGUCGUGAAAGCUGAAGUGAAUGGAGACGGUACUGACCAUGGUGGCAUCGACAAAGCCCAAAAUGGCGUCCUCGCCGACGAAGCUGUGAACGGUCUCAAAGUCAAUCCGCAAUCCGAAGAGGGGGGCGACCCUGACGAGACCAAAGACCAAGACGGCGACACACUGAUGGAAUGA